UGCCGUUCAUUCGCUCAUUCGUUGCGUAGCAUAGGAAGCAAGCGGACGCACGCUCGUCGGCACGUUUCCCCGGGAGUGUGUUCAUCAUCGCCAAAAAGGGUCGACGAGGCUUUUAGCGUGCUGCACAAAACCGUUUGACGCUUCGAGCGCGGCCGUUGUUUGCGUCGCGAUUUGCGUGCUUUUGCCCAUCCGCAAGUGGUGUGUUCUCGGAGAGCGUGUUUGUGGAAUUUGUUUAGGCAAAUGUGAUUAAUACACACGGUGGUGCGUCAACCAGGCAGGCGGUUUGCUGGAGGUUUGCGUGAGGGAUUUAAGUAUCGGAUCGGGUUCGGUUGUGUCAAAUGCGGCUUUUUUAUCAUCGGGUGUUGAAAUUUUGGGCUUAAACUCCGCUUAGUGAAGAAUGCGCGACGUGUGUAGAUUAGUGCUGUUUCUUGAAGAAAAAGAAUAAUGCCGCACGGGCGACAGUAGACGAACGAGGCGGGCGUGGGCUACUUUGAAAUUGUAUGCCCUCGUGUACAAGUGCAAAAAUAUAUACGUACCAAGCAAAUAUUUACUUAGCAAGUUUGUAUUGUGAAUGUUUGGGGGUGAAAUUCGAGUUGUUUAAAAUAGAAAAAUGCCAAAAUUGUCGGUGAAUUUUUUACACAAUUUUUAAUUAGUGAAAGUCACUUUCAUGUGUGAUUUUUGUGACAAAACAUAAUAAAAAGUGUACGAAAAGUCUUGAAACUGGGAAAAAAUCCCUAAUGCUCACGUGUGUCGUUCCGUACUUCGAAAGCUAAAAAACGAAAAAUGAUUAAUAGUAUUGGUGAAAACGAAUAGAUUAGAUUGGCCGUUUUGAGUGAUUUGUGAGCCUAAAAGCUGCGUGCCACUUUUGAAAGAUUUAUCUCGAAAAGCUUUUUUCGUUGCCGAGUGAAAAUUAAAUUAUCUUCGCCUGAUCAAAACCGCCUGUGCCGCCCGGCUGUACGUGUUUGUGGCUGAGUCUGAGUGUGGCCGUUCUGCCGAUCAAAGUGAAGGUGUUGCUCGCCGUUACAAUACCUACGUAGACGAGCCUGUAGCCUGCGAGACGUCUGUCUAUGUGUGCGAAUGCAAAAGCCUAUGCUAAUUUUGAAGGGUCGCUGUGCGCGGUGCAACUUUGCCCUCCAUUGACGUGAAUCAGGGGAGCACGCUGCCGAAGUUGGGGCUGAUAUGUAGUGUGUUCGACGGCUUUGCGUGUGUUCGUGCAACUCCCUCCCCUUGCUCGCUCCCGGAGUUUGUGAAUAAUGCUACCGAUAAUUAGAUUUACCGUUUAAUUACCCACCGCCGUGUGUGCUUGUAAGUCGUGGCCGUGUCCGUGUUGUGUUGGAUGAAGAGCAUGAAAUAAACGAGAGUAGCUUCGAAAGGUGAAGGUGAAGCAGUGUUUGUGGCGCCUUGCGGUAGCCUGCAGUGGUGCACAUAAGAAGACGGGAAGAAAAAAGAGCUCCUCAAGAGGCAGACAACAAAAUCUGCAACACAUCUGCAAUCCUCCUCUCCCAGUGACAGUUGUCUGACUGAACGGCCAGAAUCUCCAGAUUUGCCAUACACAUUACACAUUACACGGUGUCAGGAAAAGUAGCAGCAUUCAAAGCCAAGAUGUAUCUGCAACAAUCGGCACCGGUGUCACCGCACACACCUUCCACGCGCAGCAGCAGCCGGAGCAGCAGCAUGCAUCUGGUUGAGUAUGACUACGACGAGCCGAAGCCGGCAAAGAAACUGCUGGCCAAGGCAACGUUCGACAACAUUGCCGAAAGCACGGACGAGCUGGCGUUCCGCAAAGGCGAAAUACUGACCGUCAUCGAAACGGACACCAACGGACUGAAAGGAUGGUGGUUGUGCCAGCUACGGGGUCGUCAGGGUAUCUGCCCCGGCAACAGAUUAAAAAUUAUUCAAUCACACGAUUCGGGCUGCUUCACGCUAUCGCCCGCCUCAUCGCCAUGCCCAACGAUUGAUUCGACCACCAAUCUGAACAGUCCGAUACCGAGCGAAAUCUACGAAAACACGUCACUGUGCAGCAGUACCAGCGCGGGCAGCCAGCGACAGGGCAAGCGGCGAUCCUGGCACAUCAUGCCCAACAAGGUUCUCACACCGCAGAAAUGUGGCGACGUGUAUCUGUAUGAUCUGCUGCCCCCGUCAUCGGGUCGCGCAUCCUCCAACGCGUUCCAUCAUCAUCAGCAACAGCAGCAGCACCAUUCGGCCGACGCGCUCGAUACGUACGACGUCCCGAAGCCAGCCGUACCGAUCGGAGCGCCGACCACACCGGGAGCCGGGUACGAUCCGCACCAUCCCCACCACCGCACGUCCUGGGUAUCCCGCACCCCGACGUCCCACCCGCCGUACGGUCCGGGACACCCGCUGGCCGCGCACCUGCACUAUCCCGUCUCGCCAUCCGCGCUGUCGUCGCCGUCGUCCUCGCUAAGCUUCCCGCAUCCGCACCCGGCCGGGUACCACCACCAGCUGCACCAGCAGUAUCACCACCACCACCCGCACCUUGCCACGGGCGGCUACCGGAUGGAGGAAUCGUACGACGUGCCGCGGCCGCUGCUCUCGCAGCAGCAGCACCUGACACCGAGCAGCUCCAACUCGUCGCUGCUGACGUCGGACAGCUUCAGUCUGUCCUCGUCCAACCGUUCCUCGCUGGCCAACAUGCCCGACUACGAUGUGCCGCGGCGUAACCCUGUCUCGGUGCGAUCGACACCGCCACCGCCGGCUACGCCAGGGCCACAAUCAGGGGCACCAGCGCCCGGUACGCCCAGCUUCACUGCCAGCCACCAUUCGAUGUCGAUGUCGUCGUUCAGCAGCAUGUCGACGUACGAUGUGCCACCGUCGCAUGGCGGCGGACCGGGCUAUGUGUCGGCGAAGCUACACCAACAGCAGACAGCGCCGGCCACCCCGAAGGAACUGCCGCUGGAACUGUCCUCCGCGCUGGAAACGCUCGCGAGACUGCAAAACGAGGCCACAACGGCCGUCACUAGGUUACUUUCAUUCGUGUCCCCCAACUGGAGGGUAAAGGAAAAGCUCGAUCCAAUACUGAUGGACCUCAAGCUGGCGGCGGUGCGGCUGCGAACGGCACUGCACGAUCUGGCCGAGUUUGGCGACGGUGCGCUAGGCAACGCGUCCAAAGCAGAAGACAAAGGCUUGGCACAGAAGCUGAAACCACUCGUGAAGGCGCUGCGCGACGCGGACAAACUCGUGCACGAAGCGUCACAAAACCUGGACGCCCAGGGCUGGACCCUGGUAACGCUCCAGCGCCCGGAAGCGACGCAGAAGCUGCAGCAGCAGCUGCCCCCGGACAGUCUCGAUCAGCUGAUCGCCUGCGCCCAGACGCUCACCGAGGACGUGCGCCAGACCGCCUCCUUCAUCCAGGGCAACGCGACACUGCUCUUCAAGCGGUCCACCUCCACGCCCCAGUCCUCGGUGCCGACCACACCCCAAACGCCGACCGGCGCCGGCGGGAAACCAUCCACCGGCGGCACCGGCGGAGGUGGCGAAUGGCCCGAAGACUACGACUACGUCAGCCUCGAGUCGAAGGAGGCGUCCGCGCGCACGAACGCCGAAAUUCGGGACGCACUGCCGAACGAUCUGAAGAAAAACUUCGAAAACGUGGUGCGCAAUGCGGCCGACGCGGCCGCCGCCAGCGUGUCCGAGCGGCCGGACGUGGCCCUCGAUCCGAACGACAAGUCGGUGCUGGUGUACUACGCCUCCCAGACGGUGACGCACAUGGGCUACCUGACGCAGGCGAUCGACGCCUUCCUGCAGACGGUCGAGCACAACCAGCCGCCCAAGUUUUUCCUCGCCUACGGCAAGUUCGUCGUGCUGAGCGCGCACAAUCUCGUCAACAUCGGCGACAUUGUGCACCGGAACGUGUCGCGGGAGUGCAUCAAGACGCGCGUCCUCUCGUGUGCCGAUGCGCUGUCCGAGGCACUGAAGACGUGCGUCGCCAAGACGAAGAAGGCGGCACAGAACUUCCCGAGCGUUACCGCGGUGCAGGAGAUGGUCGACUCGGUGGUGGACAUUUCGCAUCUGGCGAGCGAUCUGAAGAUUGCCAUGCUCGAGGCAGUGCAGCAGUAGGCGGGGCGGAAGGGAAGAAAAUAAUUGCGUUCCUUAGUGAGAGGGCGAUGGGGGCGGCGAACGUAGAGAGGAGUAGGAAAGAGCCAGUAGAUCUCACAAUUCUCUUUACACUUUUUGAGUUGCUUGAUUUCACGAACGGCGGGAAAGCGUGUAGAGAAAAUUUCAGACACUGCUCCUGCUAGUAGUAGUAGUAACGAACGAAAAUGCCAAAAAACGAACCAGAAAACACCCUCACAAACACUCCCCCUAGACUGUAUGUGUGUAGGAGUGGGGCACUUUCCCCGCUCACACAUGGGGAGAAUCCUUUCAUAAACCUUUGCGUUUUACAACAAAUGCCAUCCUUCUUCGUCCACUGUGGGUGUGUGAAAGUGGAGGUUGUAAUUUACUUGCGUUGUAAAUAUUGUACAUUUUAGUUUGUUUUGUGUAAGGUAAAUAGGUUCGAUUUCGUUUCUCAAUUUCGGUUCUACGUACACACUAAAAAACAUACACACACAAAUAACAGCCUUCUGUUUUGAAUAUGUUCUCAAUAUCGUAUCCUUUAACCUGGAACUGGAAUUGAAAGACAAAAAUGCUCAACCGAAAAUGAGCUCCAAAACCAAACCAAUCGCAUGGCUGGAAGACGUUUGAUGAAUCUGCUGCCCGCAAGCGCAUCAAAGAAACUACUACUUACUUAAAAUCAUGCAAACUAAAUUCAAAUGAAUAUCCCCCUCCCUUAAGCAGUACUACGUAUUAAAAUGUCGAAUUUCUUCCUCCCUAUAAAGUCCCACAAAUCUCUCCUCUACCAUGUCUGUGUGUGUGUGCGUGUGUGUAUUGUCGGCCAAGAAAGCGAAUUCGCAACAGUAGUAUUGUCAUGUGUCCUCUAACCGUAAAACCAUAAGAGAAUCAUUACAAUUAAGAAUGAAUGAAUGUA